UCAAUUUUGUUGAACUCGUUGAACGGCAAUUGCAUUUGCAAAUAAAAUUAAAAGUUUUUAACCAAUUUAUUGAUCACAUUUGCAUCGUGAAUAAGUAGUGACACGAUUCUAAAAGAACGAGUGCCUGAAUAUUGUGGAAAUAAAUCAUACAAGUGUAAAAUAAUAAAAGAAAAGAAUGUCUCACAACAGUAUACCCGACAGGUGGUUGAAUUACACCAACGUGGGUCGUCCGAUUGAAGGAUCACCGUUCAUAGCAUUCAAAACACCAUUGGCGGAGAAAUACAACGGAAAACUCGAGAAAUCACAGAGAUUUACUCCUAAGGAUCUGAUAAAGUUGAUUCCCAAGAUUGGGCUUAUUGUUGAUCUAACCGCUACAAAUCGAUAUUACACAGCAGCAGACCUUCCGUCCAAUGUCACUCACAUUAAAUUGACUAUGCAGGGACACGUGUUGCCUGAUGAACACACAGUGAAGAGGUUCAAGCAAAUCAUAUCAGAUUUUCGGAGGGAUAACAAAAAUGAAUCCCUUUUGGUGGGUGUUCAUUGUACUCAUGGCGUAAAUCGAACUGGCUAUAUUAUAUGCAGAUACUUGAUUGAUUGUGCGAAUAUGGAUGCUGACAAAGCAAUCAAAAGGUUUGCCGAAGCGCGUGGUCAUGAUAUUGAGCGAAAAAACUAUACCAAUCAUUUGCGGUCUCUGAAGAAGAAUGAUAUACAAUAUGACAAGCCGAUCAAGCCGAUCAAGCCUGUGGAAGAUGGAGAGUGGAGAGUUGUUGGAAGGCAGAAUCGACAGCGUGAAAAUUGGAGGAGUAACUACAGCAAUGACGAUCGAUAUAGAGACAGAAGGACAGAGAGGAGUAUUGACGCUGGAAGAACGCAUCAGACAUAUCAUCAGAGAUGGAACAGGGAUCAAGGCUAUGAUCAACGAAGGAGCUCAAAUCUUGCCAAAACCUACAAUGAACGAGACAAUCGGGGACAUUUUACAUGGAAAAGUUCACGAAAUGAUGAUUUCAGAAACUCCACUGCAAAGCCAAGCAGGAAUUGGAGGGAGCCUCAGAAAACGAACAGGAGUGUUCCUCAGGGAAGGAACAGGGAUGAUGAUCGGGAGCGGUACAAGAGUUAUCCUCAGGAAAAAUCUCAGUAUAAUUGGAGACGUCAGGAUAGUGAUUCUAGAGACAGUCGACGAAGCAAUUUUAGGAAGCCUCAUACAAGCUACUAAGAAAUUGACUUAAUUUCCCACCUAUCUUGAGUGAUAGAGUAGUUAGUUUUUGAAUACAAAAUUUUUGAAGCGCAAGUAUGAAAUGAAAAAAAAAUGGAUUGAAAUAAAACUUACUGAAAUAAAUCUAAAUACAAAUCUUUGGCAAUUUUUACAACAAAAAAUUCAAU